UCAACCCUUCAACCUUGUCGUACGUCAACCAAAUUUGUUAGGGAAAGUCUUAAUUUUUUCAAAUUCCAAAUGGAAAUAACCUUCAUUUACUACAGUGAAAUUUUCAAUUUACUUUUAACUUUACAAGUUUUUUUAUAACUGAUCACAAAUGGCAUCACUUACUUUUAGUAGAGGAAUUAAAUACCUUCAACUGGACGUCAAAAGAACAAUUCUAACCUCAACAUAUUCUGUUUAUCGCACCUUUUCUAGUCAGGGUAAUGAACCAUCAUUCGGACUUCUUUUUGACAUCGAUGGUGUCAUUGUUAGAGGAAAAAAAGUUAUACCAAAGGUACCUGAAACUUUUAAAAAGUUGAUAAACUCUAAGGGGGAAUUUCGAAUCCCUACAGUGUUCCUGACUAAUGCUGGCAAUGGGUUGACUGCCGACAAAGCUAAGCAACUGAGUGAAUGGCUCAAUGUUAAGGUAUCUGAAGAACAUGUUGUGAUGGCCCAUAGUCCUCUUAAUGUCUUCCAUAACUUUCAUAGUAAAAAUGUUUUAGUUUCUGGGCAAGGACCAAUUGAAGAAAUAGCAAGGAAUAUUGGUUUCAAUAAAAUAGUUACCGUAGAGGAUGUUCGAAAGGCGUUUCCUCUGUUAGACGCAGUAGAUCACAAGCGCCGCAUAUCACAGCCAGCAAGCAAUGACCCAAACUUCCCUCGUAUCGAGGCCAUCUUACUGUUUGGAGAACCUGUGAGGUGGGAGACGGCUCUUCAACUGAUGAUGGAUGUGCUGAUGACUGAUGGAGAUCCUAACCAUCUCCCUAAGCACCACUCUUACCCUCACAUCCCCUUGUUGGCCUGCAACAUGGACCUUCAGUGGAUGGCAGAGGCCAACAUGCCUAGGUUUGGGCAUGGAGCUUUUUUACUGUGUUUGGAGGAACUUUACAAAAAGAUUACAGGGAAAGAUCUAAUUUACGAAACACUUGUUGGAAAGCCAAGUGAGGUCACCUAUAGAUAUGCCCAAAAGAUUAUUAUGAAUCAAGCCAAUAAGAUUCAAAUUGGUGAUAAAAUCAAGCGCCUUUAUGCCAUUGGGGACAAUCUAAACACAGACAUAUUUGGUGCCAACCUGUUCAAUGAGUGCUUGAUAAACAAGAAGAGCACACUUCCACCAAACAUGAACAUAGACAGAAGUGGCUUUAGUAACCCAAAUAUCACCGAAUGCGUCAGUGUUCUAGUCAAGACUGGAGUGUUUUCCAAUGAACUGUCAGACAGUGAGUUAGAUCAUGCUCCGAGGGAUUUCCUCCACUAUGGCAACAAGUAUCGCCAACCCUCCUUCACUACUCAGGAUGUAAACGAAGCUAUAGACAAAAUCUUUCAGUUGGAGGGCUUUCAUUAAAUGUAGUUUAGUUUAGUGACUGUUGUUUAUAUAAUAUUUUUAUUUUGUAUACAUAUUUUUAUUUUAACAUCAUACAUUCAUGCAAAUCCUAUUCUCUUGACUCAGUUUAGACUGUUACCUAGGUAGACAAUCCACAAUAGGUUGAUGCCUGAUGGGGUUUGUAUUUGCUAGGCGGGUGAAAUGUUUCAUGAUAAUUUUUGUCUUGAUAUAAAAAGACUGCUGAAGUGAAAUUACAUGAAAAAAUCAAUGAAAAUUAAGCCUUUUGAACAUUUAAUACUGGACAUAGCUGUCAAUGAUAGUUUGGCUUUUAAUUAAUGAUCCUGGAUAAUGUUUUAAAUUUAUCAAUUAAUAAUCAGUUGGUCUGAGUAUGUAACAAAGCUACAUCUCACUCCAUUUUAUAUCUACCUUAAUCAAACACACCCUCAUUGUCUGUCUAAAUUGAUUAAGAAACCGAUCAAUGUAUCAAAAUACAUUGCUCAUUGAAAUUAAUUGAUUAUAACUAUAUCAUCUUGAUAUCGUGAAUGACCGUAGACAUUGGACAAAUUGAGCAAUAAGACUCAAUGUUACUCUAAAGUUGAUUCUUGGUGCGAUAUAAGUAAUGAAUAUUGUGUCAUGUCAAUUGUAAGAGAAGUGGUUAUAGGGUAGCAUAAGACAUUCUUUUAGGUACACCUAGUAGGCUAUAUUUGAUCAAGUCGAAAAAUGUGAAUGAUCAUAUCAUGGCAAAAAUAAAUAUUUGAUAAUAUUUACCAAUUCCAAUUUUAGGUUUUUUAUCUUAUUAUGGAUCCCAUCAUAAUCCAAAUAAUUGAAUUCAUUCUCAUAGUUUGAGUUUUUUUUAUAGUAUUUUGAAUCAAAUUGAUAUCUUUGAUAUAGCAAUAUCAUAGAAGAAGAAUUAAUCUCUUAUUUUAAAAUUUAAUUUAAUUUUUGACACACAAGUUGUAUCGUGGCAGAAGCAUGACUUGACCAGACUAGAGUUAUGCAUCUGUAUCUGUUGCCAGAAUGAUCAUGUUUUCUUCUUUGCUGAACAUUAUAUUUUACCAGGGUUCUGUUUAAAAGAGGUCUAUUCGACUGAAGCAUGCUUUUAUGUGUUUAAUAUUUGCACUUUAUCACACCAGGGUACAAACAUUAAUAUUCAUAAAUAGAUUGAUAUGUUUAGUUAAAAGUGUUUUGAUGUUGGGGAACCAGGAACAAAUAGUUAAUAUAAAAACACUGCUCAAGUUAACUUGGUCAGAAAAAUCUACCAUCUUGCAACAAUCCUUAAGUCAAUGAUCCUUAAACUUGCAUGAUACUGGGAAAAUCAGUUUAAAAAAUACAAAUAACCUUCUAUUCAGAAUAAUUGUAUUAUAUAUUAUUAUUUAAUAUUUUAUUUGUUUAUUUUUAAAUCUUGUUAUGUAGUUAAUUAACUAAUUAAGUGUUUUCGUAUACCUAAGUCUCUGUUGUGUAGAUAAUCAAUAAUUAUAUAUUUAACUUUGAAAUGUAAAAAUGCCCAUUGGUAUUGGCAGUUACAUUUCUAUUGUGAAGGAUAAGAUUGUUAUCACCAAAAUCAGAUCAAUGUAGUUUUAAUUAAAGUUAGCCAGCUCUUAAUGUAGUUAACUGCUGUGCCUGUGACACUAGAAUAGAAUUGUGUGGACAUGAGCUAUCCAACUAUUUUAUGUUGCCUUUUUAACCAGUUUCAUUCUUGGUUUAACCAUUGUUCAUUCUUGAUUUUAACUUACAAAGUAAGCUGUUAUACAGUAAAAUUUUACUGUACUUACUUUUAAGAUCGUGUAUAUCCAAUGUUUUUCACUAGUUAAUUAGUUUGACAAAUCAUUAGCCAAUCUUAUCAGCCAAAAUCUGUUUACAAGUACUAUAUUGCAGUAUAGUAAAAGCCUGGGUGAAAAUGUGUAUUGUCAGACGUUCAAGUCUAUUCUAGUUUAAUAAUUGUAUUUAUUUAGUAAUACUUUAAAAUAAAAUUGUAUUAUUUGUUAACGGAUCGAAUUUAAUUGUUAUUCUUGUUGAAAUGUUUAUUUGUUAUUUCUGUUUUAAUAGUAAAUUUUGUGAUCAUAGGGUAAAAUGUAAGAUAUUUUAAUUUUGUUUAGUGUUGUGGAAAGUAGUUUAUGAAAAUGUAUGCUAUAUCAUAUUUAUUAAAACACUUAAUGUAAAGGUUUUCAAAAUCUAAUGUGAUGAAAGUUUUAAUGAAUGAUGUAUCUGUAUAUUUUUCAAAAAUCAUAUAAAUAAAACAUUGUAUUUUUAAAAUAA